AUGGCCUCGAAAAAUCCGACGAUCCAGAAUUCCCCUCACGAACUUCUUCGCGCCAUAUUUGCUACUCUAACACCAGGGGAGGUGGCAGAGUGUGCGCUGGUAUGCAAAGUAUGGUCUUCACCCGCUCGAGGUCGUUUAUACGAACACAUAGACGUGCGUAAAUCACCAAACAAGAUGACCUACGUUACCCGCAGUGCCAUGCUGUGCCAGACACUGGACGCAAACCCUGCACUAAGAUCUAUCGUGCACUCUCUAUGUCUUGUGUCUCAUUUCCCUUCCACUAUCCUCCCGGAAGUUCGGGCGGUCUUUCUACAAUACGCUGCAGUUCCGAGCAUUCCUUCAUUCAUAAACAUGCUUCCUCACCUACAAAAUUUAGAGAAAAUUUCCUUUCAUACAAACGUUUCACUCCCUCCAUCAGAGCAUCUCCUCAUACUACAAGCAUUUGGAAAACUUCCCCUACUGAGGCACAUGCGGUAUUUUGCGGCCUUCCCUGGACCAGUGCGCAAACCGUCCCAGUUCAUUCAAAUGUUGAAUGGGCUUCCUCCUCAGCGAGAGAGGAGGCCGCAGUUACUGACUUUGGAUUUGAGGAAUAUCACGGAGUUAGGAAGCUUUCGUGCGAGUCUCGAGGACUUGGAGUGGACUUUUCAUCCUCGAUCUCCACUCGACCUUACCCAUCUCAGGGCGCUGAGUGUCAGCACCUACCGAGCAGCAAAAUAUUUUAUGCGCGAGGUCAGUGGGACCCUCGAAAGCUUGACAUUUACCUCGGCGUCGCGAAUAUUGGGCGACACAGAAAGCCAACCACCUAUCACACUACCUGCUAUGAAAUAUCUUUGCAUCCCUUCUGAGACAAUCGACAUUUCCCUCAUUGCCAAUAUUCACUGUCCAUAUCUGGAAUGUAUCACGUUAAUAUGGCAGACUGAGACGGAUUUAGACCCAGAAUUCAUGAGUGACUCCGAGUCUCCUCUAUUUCUUAUUGACCGUUGUAUCACCAAUAGAUCAAAUUAUCCGAUUUUGAAGGAGAUUAUGGUGCUAGUCAACGAAGAAGCUAGUGGAAGACGCACAGAUAUUUCCCAAAUACAGAAGAUGCUUCCUCGAUGUACUGGACGCGCAAUAAAUUUUGAGCUUGGAGAAUGGCAGGAGCGGGAUUUCGAGUAA